AUGGCCGAAUCCAUCUCCGAGGGUGUCCUGUCGACCUUCAACAGACAAGUCGGCGACUACGUUGAACAAGACGAAGAAAUCGCCUCAAUCGAAACUGACAAGAUAGAUGUCGCCUUAAAUGCUACACAUAGCGGAACGAUCACAAAGUUACUUGUCAGCGAGGGCGACAUCGUCACGGUGGGACAAGCUGUUAUUGAGAUUGGCCUCGAAAAGCGCGAUACAACCUCACAAUCACCACCACAAUCGCAAGCGGAACGAACUUCUGAGCCUCCUCAGGAAGCCACUCAAAAACAACAAACACCUACUAGGGAAACAAGACCAUCCCAAGAGCCAAUGAAAGAAACGGCCUCUACACCCACUCCUACCUCAAUAGCCACUCCACUGCCCGUACCACACAGCCAAGGUCCGGUAUCAACCUUCCAAGGGAGUUGUUCAGAGACGAAAGUCAAAAUGUCUCGUAUGCGCCUGCGCACGGCAGAGCGUCUGAAAGAAUCGCAGAACACAACUGCGUUCCUGACGACGUUCAACGAAGUCGACAUGAGCAAGGUUAUAGAGUUCCGCUCGCAGAAUAAGGAGGGCGUGCUUCAGAAACACGGUGUCAAGCUGGGUUUCAUGGGCCCUGUGGCGCGGGCCUCCGCGCUGGCUCUUCGGGAGAUUCCGGCUAUCAAUGCGUCCAUUGAGAAUGACGACACGAUUGUCUUCCGCGACUACAUCGACCUUAGCGUUGCCGUUGCGACGCCCAGAGGCUUGGUAACACCAGUGCUACGUAACAUGGAAAGCCGGAGCAUCGUGGAAAUCGAACAGGGUAUCGCGGAGCUGGGUAAAAUGGCUCGCGAUGGCAGACUGACCAUGGAUGAUCUGAUUGGUGGGACCUUUACGAUCAGCAAUAGCGGAAUCUGGGGUUCGUUGUUUGGUACACCCAUUAUCAAUAUCCCGCAGACGGCUGUGCUUGGGAUCUACGGAAUCCAGCAGAGACCUGUAGUUAUUGAUGAACAGGUAGAAAUUCGUCCGAUGAUGUAUACUGCGUUGACUUAUGAUCAUCGGCUAGUCGACGGCCGUGAAGCAGUAACGUUCUUGACGCUGGUCAAGAAGUAUCUUGAGGACCCGGCUAGUAUGCUUAUAGCGUGA